AUGGCCGUCUCAGCAACUUCGACCAGAUCUGUCGUUGUGCGCGGUCUAAAAGCAGGAAUCAGGAUGUCAUUCUUCUGCCAAUCAUCUAUUGCGCCCAAGGAGAGAUAUCACGACACUGGUCGAAAAGAGAUAUGUAUCAGGGAGGACGGGAUCAAGCACAGUCCCGUCACUGUCUAUCUUGGGAAACGUGACUUUAUCGACCACCUAACACAUGUGGAUCCAGUUGAAGGCGUCGUGCUAGUCGAUGCAGAAUACGUUAAGGGUCGCAAGGUUUUUAUACAUCUGCUUUGCGCUUUUCGGCAUGGUCGCGAUGGAGAUGAGUUCCAUGGUAUUGAUUGGCACAGAGAUCUCUUUCUCAACACCAAACAAGUAUAUCCACCAUCUGGUUCAAUGGACGAGAGCGCUUCACACUCGAAAAUUUCUCGACUUCAAGAGCGUCUCAUCCGAAAGCUGGGGCCGGACAGUUAUCCAUUCACUUUUAAGGUUGAGAAGGCUACAUCUUUUCCUUCAAGUGCAGCUACUUACACCUCUGCAACUCUCUCCAGGUCGUUUGGACGUUAA